AUGGCUCAAAUGAUGCAAGGCAUACAAGGACAACAACCUCCUACUCAAGUUCCCGUUCCUCAAGCUGCAGCUGGACCAGACUUUCGUGCCUUCUUCAGGAUGGAUCCUCCAGAGUUUAUUGGCGGACUUGACUCUCUUUUGGCCCAUGAUUGGUUAGCUGGUAUGGAAAAGGUGUUCCAAGCUAUUCAGUGUACUGAAGAAGAAAAGGUGAUCUUUGCUACUCAGAAGAUGAAGGGACCGGCUCUUAGGUGGUGGAACACUGCAUCCAUUUAUUUCACCACACAAGAGAUUCCUAAGGAUUGGCAACACUUCAAAGUGGCAUUCUUGGAGAAGUAUUUCCCUAAUAGUGUGAGGACUCAGAAGGAGCGAGAAUUCCAUAACUUCAAGCAAGGCAACAUGUCUGUUUCAGAAUAUGCAGAGAAGUUUAAAGACUUGGCUGAUUACACCCGACAAGCUGUUUAUGCACCAUAUGAACUAUGGAAGAUUGACCAGUUCAUGAUGGGUUUAAGGGCCGACAUUUCUCACAGUGUUUCCCAAAGAGAGUUCACUACUUAUGUUGAAUGUUUGAGGCAAUGCUAUGUUGCUGAAAACAGCUUGAAGAGGGUUCAAGAAGAGAGGAACCAGAACAGGACUAAUUUUAGGGAGCAAGGAAGAUCUACUCAACACUUGAGGCCCCGUAAUCCUCCAUCAAAGAAGAAGCAGGUUUAUGGUGACCAAUCAGCUCAACCGCCUUAUUGUCGCAAGUGUAAUAGGAAGCACAUCAGGGAGUGCACCAACUCUUCAGUGACUUGUUACGAGUGUGGCGAGCCAGGUCACAUAUCCAUAUUCUGCCCCAAUAAGAGAGCUCCUGAGAAGACUACAGGUCGUGUGUACACCCUGGAUGCAAGAAAGGCCAAGGGAAACAACAAUCUCAUUGCGGGUACGUGUUAUGUUAACAACCAAACUUUAUGUGUUUUAGUCGAUUGUGGAGCUACUCAUUCUUUUAUCUCUACCGAGUGUGUUUACCGACUUGGUUUGGAAGUUACUCCAUUACCCAAUCCUAUGAUUAUUUCUUCGGCAAAGGAUGAUACCGUGGAAGCUAGACUGAUUUGUAAGGGUUGUUCGGUGUCUUUCAAUGGUCGUGACUUCCCGAUUGAUCUAAUUAGCUUACCCCUCAAGAGGCUUGAUGUUAUUCUAGGGAUGGAUUGGUUAUCUCUUAAUUUGGUGUAUAUUGUUCUUUCUAAGGAACCUACUGUAAGGGUAGAUUUACGUGAGAUUCCUGUGGUUUGCGAAUUUCCUGAGGAUAUCACUUCUCUUCCUCCGGAAAGGGAAGCGGAAUUCUCAAUUGAUCUUGUUCCUGGAACUGCCCCAGUUUCUAUCACUCCAUAUAGGAUGUCUCCUAUUGAACUCAGAGAACUGAAGAGCCAAUUAGAAGAGCUUCUUGCUAAGCAUUUUAUCCAACCCAGUUUUGUGGUAAUCUUCAUUGAUGACAUUCUGGUGUAUUCCCGUACUCCCGAAGAUCACGAAGAGCACUUGCAGAUUGUGUUGUCUACGCUUCGAGAGAAACAAUUGUAUGCCAAGUUCAGUAAGUGUGAAUUUUGGCUAUCCGAAGUAAGUUUUCUUGGUCACGUCAUCUCUGGUGGAGGCGUGGCAGUAGAUCCUUCUAAAGUAGAAGCGGUGGUGAAUUGGGAUCGACCGAGGAGUGUGACUGAAGUCAGAAGCUUCCUAGGUUUGGCAAGUUAUUACCGGAGAUUUAUUAUGGGGUUUGCUAAGUUAGCCUUACCAUUAACAAAGCUUACACGGAAGGAGGUUGCUUUUGAAUGGAAUUCCGAGUGUGAGCAGAGUUUUUAG